GGGAUAUUCAAGGCUCCACGAUUUAUGCUGAAUUCUUCAGCACGUCGUUCGUGCUCCAAACGGCUCGAUUCUCCGAGUUUCUGUGCUGCUAAAUCGGGACGAGGGCUGCGAACUCAAAAUUUGUCAGAUGUGAUGUAGCUUUAGUCGAGAACGACAUGACUCACGCUCGGAGCCUCGGAGCCUCAGAGCCUCGGAUGUGCAGUUCCUCCUCUUUAGUAACUCCUGAUGCGGCAACGGGAAGGUUGUGUCUAUCCCUCGACAGGUACAGCUUCAGCCGCUUGAGCGCGAGCGAGGAGCUUGAAUAUUCGCUCUACAUGACACACGAUUCGCCUGCAAGAGUGGGGAGUUGGUAAUGUGCAGCCAGAGUCAGUAAGAUGCAGCGCAUUGGCACGAAAGUGUGGGAGGACUCAGUGACAUUCUCAUCUACCACCCACUGGCUCAAUCAUUCCACUCGCUAGUGCAGGAAUCUGCUGUGCGAAUUGGAUCGUACAGUCGAGUCGGGACGAAGGGCUUCGGAGUUCGGAGUUCAGAGUCCAGCCCAGGCGGGCUACCCAAAGCCGAGAAGCGUGAAGAGCGCACGAGAAAAGCCGAAAGCCACAUUUCAUGGCGAGCUUGUUUUCAAGUCCUCUCGCAUUCACAAGGACGUCAGCAGUAGCUUCUUCGCUCUGUCUUCACCGACUCUGAAGCGCUCUGUGGUUGCAGCUUGGACGAGAACCCUCUCACUCGCAAUGCGCAGCGAAGGGACGAGGGAUUUGGCUGCAUGUUUGGAGUGAGGCGUGGAGUAGUUUGGUCUGUACGGUCCAGUUCGAAUUUCUGGGAAAGAGAAUUCUUAGUUCGGAAAUGGUAAUCUGUUUCUAGACUCGUGCUGGAUUCAGAUUGCUCCUUCUUUGGUGUACGUCCUCCAGGCAGAAGUGGAGACCUAAGUUUGGUCGACCAAGUUGGGAGAGUUGAGGCAAUUGGAAGUGCGAUCAGAGCGCUGGAAUUGAAGAGAGCUUUCGUCGGCGGUCUUCAGCGUUCGGGUGUCUCUCCUGUGACGCACAAGCUGGGUGCUAUGUUAGGAGCGUUUUUCGUCUUCUUAGCUUGUCUGUCUCUGCUGUGUUCGAGCGACAGACAUCCUAGCUACAUGUGACCUCAUUGGUGAGAAUUGCUCAGGCUGGUCACGUCUGAAACGCUGGAGGAAGAACUAGUGGAAAUGGAAGAAACAGGAGAGGUUGCUGCUUUGCAGCAGCAGGAGGAGGAGGAGCAACAACAACAGCAGGAGCCGCAGCAGCAGCCUUGUCCGACAGACACGAUGAGUUUCCAGGACCUUGUGAACUCGGCUGAUGUGAAAACGCCUGGUCAGGGAGCUGCAGAGUGGACAGACGUGGCAGUUGCUACGUUUCUCGAUUGUUUUGCUGAGAAGUAUAGCAAUGUGAAGCACAAGAACUUAAGAGGCAAGGACUGGAUGGAGGUAGUGGAUGGUCUGAAUAAACGCUGCGCUCCCGAGGGUGGUCCAUACUACGAGUACAAACAGUGCCGAAAUAAGCUCGAUGGUCUGAAGAAGAGGUUCCGCCAGGAAAAGGAUAGUUUGAGCACCAAUUCCCAUCCCAGCAGAUGGCAGUGGUAUCCUAGAAUGUGUGAUCUCAAAUGGGCUAGAAACAUGAAAAUGAUCGAACAUGGCGGAGGCAGUGGCAGGGUUGACAAACCUGAGAUGAGCGGGGACCAAGCUGAGGGUGAUGGGCUAGUUCCGGAUGAAAAAGACCUCAAUGCAGGUGAUCGGGCUGGUGAGGUUUCUAUGGAGGACGAUGCAGCGUGGAACAAGUUCCGGUUGGUUUCCACUUUUCCUCCGAAACAAAAACGCAAGCGCAGAAGAGCGUAUGUUUUCAAUCCCAGCGUUCCUGAAAUUGUUGCAGAAGGCUCUCGCACUCGAGCGGACUUACUUCCCCCAUGCACCCCGGACAAUAUGUCAACUUUGCCAGAUAGGCCUCCUUUGAUGCAGCAGUUUCAAAAGAUGCCCUCUACCGAUAGAACUUUCAAGCUACGUAUCAGACGGCCAAAUGAAACAGACUGCGAUGAUAUCUUUCAUUUUACUGGCGAGACCGUCUCAGAUAUGAUAGAAAGUUUCAAAGCUGUUUACUGGGAGGAACCUGCAACUCAAAUUCGUGUGCAGCUGAAAGAGAAAUUCACUGAGGUAUGGGUGACAGUCGCGCCUUCUGUUUCUCUCUCUCAGUACGGGAGUGAAGCCCUCAUCAUCACCAAACCUCGAGGUGCUUACAUGCCUCUGACAUCAACAAUGGCUUCUGCUCCUGUUAUGGAUAAAGCUUUAACAGCUUGUGAAUCGGUUGAUCCUUGAUAUGGCUUACAAUUGUACAAUAGACCCUUUUGCGGAAUGUUCAAUCAGACAUCUUGAGGAAAGCUCAUGAAGAAUCAUGGUCAACUGUUUACGACCCUGGUGCCUUGGCAUAGUUGCAUGCAUUUUUAAAGUGGGCUUGGAUCUCUUAGUUGGCAUCCGACAUCAAGCCACGCCUAUUCCGAAGAUGGAUCAACUCGACCACGCAGAGAGAAUUCGGGGUGUUCAUGAUCGGUUUCAAAAGAAAUCCUCGUUAUAGUCCGGGCCGUUUGGAGUAUCUCAUUUCGACUCUGAUGUCUGGUUGACAUACUCUAAAGUAACGCUUCUUUCAGUUGUGCAUCUUGAUUAUAUGAUUCCGAGACUAAAAUGCCGAGUGGAUGGAGAUAGCCGUAGUCACAUUCCCUUGUAAGGGCAGCUGAACUCGCGAGUUAGUGGGACCUGCGGGAGGGAUUUAUAUGUCAUGAUAUCUAUAAAGUUAGAAUAUGGAUUUGUAUCCUUUGAGAUCCAAAGAGAUAUGUCAUGUUGCCAUAGAUUCUAACAUCUCGUUUUCAACAUCUCAUUUUCAACAUCUCUUUAUGAAUCAUACAAACUGCUGCUCAUGGAAUUAUUGCGGUGUCCACUUCUUAUAUUUAGCCCAUCCAAUUAAGGUGGGCUAUCUUCUGGUAAAAAUG